AUGAUUCAACAAGAAGGUAAUCCAUAUGUUCGAGAUGAUACAAUGUUUAUUAAAGUUAUGGUUGGUUUUGCUGAAAUGCCAAAAACAGUGUUACCUUAUGCACUGAGUCUGAAUCCUGGAUUACCAACAAAUGUUCAACAAUACAUAAUUAAACAAGAAAUAGAAAGAACGGCUCAAACACAAACUUUACAGCAACACUUAGCAACAAAUCAAUAA